CAAGGAAAAGAACAAAAAGGGGCAGCUCGUAGCAAUCGGGACUUGUCGGCAGUAGGAAAGAAAACAAUUCAGACCAACAGCUUUGGGGAGGAGGGCACAGCAAUCGGCAAGGAGAUGGGAUAGGAAGCAAUUAGCAGCACGAAGAAGAAAAUCGCAGGCAGCUACUCCAUGUUCAUUCAUCUAUCAAUCUUUGUUGUUAAGCGACUCGUACUAACCGGUGACCGAUAUUUAAACCAACACUUCCCUCCGCCACUCCUCAGAGACACGAUACUCGGGGAUAAACUUUUCCAUCCGGAAGGGUUAAACUCUGUUUUACUACAACGCCGUGAAAGCGGGUUAUCAACAGUCCACGUGAAGAGUCCGAACGGAUGCAUGCUGAAACUGAAUGGAGUCCGACACAUUCCUGGUUUGAGGAGAAAUCUUCUUUCAAUUGGGCAGCUGGAUGAGGAAGGCUAUGCAGUUACAUUCGGCAACAGAAAUUGGAAGAUCACCAAAGGUGCCUUGCUGGUUGCUAAGGGGAAGAAGGAGGGUACGUUGUACAUGUGACACCGCACCUGAACGUCCUUAAAAAUUCAAUUUAAAAUUCGAAGUUUAUGUAUUGAAUUUCCGAUUACCAAACAAUUGUAAAACGAUUGUUGUUUUACGUAGUGCAUGAUUGAUUAUUGUACUGUUCGAACUCGUAUAUAGUGUCG